GAAGAAUAAGCUGGAUUCUCUCGUACACUAUGUAAAUUUAAACACAGCGCAUGAAUAUCGAAAGCAGACCUGCCUAGCUUGAUCUUGUCGUUCUUCUUCCAUGGAGUUAUUUCUGGUCAUGAUCUGCCUCCUUCAUGAUGUCUUUCUCCUCGCUGCUGCCGGGCAGGAAACUGCUGCACCUGAUGUUCCUUGGUCGCAAAACUACGCUAUCUUAUUCGGACAAGAUCAUAUCCAGUUUCUUAACCAAGGGACAGAGAUUCAGCUUUCCAUUGACCAAUUUUCAGGUUCUGGUUUUAGGUCUUUAAAGACUUAUGGUUCUGGAUUUUUUGGCAUGAGGAUAAUGCUCCCACCUGGGGAUUCCACAUCAAUCAUCACAACCUUAUACCUAAGAUCAUAUGCAAAUAAACAUGACGAGAUUGAUUUUGAAUUUUUGGGAAACUCAACACCGCCGUAUUUGUUACAGACAAAUAUAUUCACAGACGGCCGAGGUGGUCGGGAGCAAAGAAUCAGACUUUGGUUUGAUCCGACUAAAGACUUUCAUGAUUACCGUGUUCUUUGGAAUCAACAUCAAGUUGUGUGGUUCGUGGAUGAUCUUCCGAUAAGAGUGUUUGAGAAUAAGGUAAAUAUUGGAGUGAAAUUUCCAGUGCAAGCAAUGCAAAUAGAGGCAACCAUAUGGACAGCAGCAUGGGCAUCUCCUAGUGGAAAGACACCGAGUUGGGAUGAGGGGCCUUUCCGAGCCUACUUUCAAGGGCUCAACAUUGAUGGCUGCGUUGCCCAGAACAACACCAUUGCCACUCCUUGCUUUGGUUCCAAUUUUUGGUGGAAUGGUAACAAUUACUGGAAACUAGACCCAAACCAGUUAAAAGCAUAUUUGGAUGUGAGGAGCAAGUACUUGGACUAUGACUAUUGUACUGAUGGGCCUGACCAUAACCCAGAAUGCCAGACACAAUAUAUAGGUUAGUUUUUGUUGUAAAUAAAUGAGAAGGGAGAAAGAAAGAGAGAGAGCUCAAAGAGGUUGAGAGAGAAUA